UGUAUAAAGUUAGUGUUAAAGUUCGUUUGAGGCCUUUAAUCUCAAUUCCAAGAUACUCAAAGAGGUGAAGAGACCCAAAGAAAUUUUACUACUAUUUACUGUAUUCUUAAAUAUUGAAGCCACGCCUCCUCCUUUUUUAUGUUUUCUAUUCUCACUACAUUUAAGCCACCUGCCUCUGAUUUCCCAGAGGAUCCAUCACUCUGCGUUUCUGAGGUCUGAGGCCAGGGUCCAGACAUUAUUUUUAUAUCCGUCUUCCCCCAGAAUGUGUCUGGUCCCCCGGCACUGCAGAACAGGACAUUACCUGUCUGGAUCACUACAAGAAAAGUUACAAAAAACAGAAACAUAAAAUACAGUGGACCUAAUUCAAACCUCAGACGGUUCCCCUGCCUAAAGGAACCUCAGACUCAAGACCGUUUGGCCUCCAAGUCACUAAAAUUAGCUCUUUUAAAUCCCAGAUCUCUCUGUGCUAAAGCUCUAUUAAUCAAUGAGCUUUAGCACAUUGAUUAAUAGAUGUGCUAUUAAUCAAUGUGCUAAUAGCACAUCUAUUAAUGUGCUAUUAGCACAUGUGCAGUGAUAAUAUUAUGCUCAAUAUUAUCACUGAGCAUAAUAUUGAUGUUGUUUCUGACAGAAACAUGGUUGAAUGACAAUAAUGAACCGAUCGUACUAAUUGAAUCUGCGCCUCCUAACUACAAUUUAUGAAGUGAGGUCUGUAGCAUGAGUGCUAAGGAGAGACGUCCCAAUUAGAACCUGUUGAUUCAUUCCGUCUGUAAAAUUGAGAAACUCUGGUCCAGAAGACAUUUCUCCAAAGGUGUCUUGUGAAUCCUGUGAAUGAGUGGAUGAGCCAGGAGGGGGCGGAGGAGGAAGGGAACCAGUCGCUCCGUCUCCAGUCGAUGUUGUAUCAGUUUGUUUUGGCUCCUGAUACGUGGAGGGUUCCAUCCUAAUCAGACGUCCUCGAGCCUGUUCUUCUGAAGCGACGAUGACGUUACUGUCCUUGUUGAUAAAAUAAAAAAGGUUUGCAGUGAGUAGCUUUAUUCCAUGUUUAUUAAGAUUGCAUGUUUAUGAAGUUACAUGGGUGCAUUUCUUUAGUAACUUGUCUUUACUGUGAACCUGGAUGCGUUUAAAGCUGACGCCCUCUGGUGGCCGGUGGUCUUUAACGCUCCCUCUGUUUCCCCAGCCUUCCUGAUAAAAGCUGUUCAGAAAACUGAUGCCACUUCAUGAUUCCAGAACCAUUCCUUUUUCAGGUUCAUGUUUAGCUCUCUGAAGGCUCCAGCAGAGCAUUACCUACAGGCUGAGGUCUAGACUUUGACUAGGUCAAAGUCUAGACUCUGUUUGGGAUCCUGGUUCAGAUCAUGACCUGUUGAGCUUCAGCUGCUGGACAAAUAUUUAUGGGACAUAUCCCAACCACAUCUGAGAUUCCUGCAGCUCAGUGCAGCCUAGAGGUGAACAAGUUUCACUUCCGCCUUCUUAGUAUUUAUGGUUCACUGCUCCACGUUCUCGACAGUCACCCAGACAAUAGGAAGUGGAGAGCGGUCUCUCUGCGCCGCCUCACAGCAGCUGACUUGGUACCGCUCCACUGGAUGAAAGCUGCUGAUGGAUCUGCUGUGGGUGGUUCUGCUGCUGGUUCUGGUCGGAUCAGAGGCCCGGAAUAUAACAGAGGUUAAAGCAAAACUGGGUCAGAAUGUGACUUUGACCUGCACUAUUGAUGCUGAUGACAUCUACUGGUUCCUGGAGGUUCACCUCAACCUCAGACUCGGUAUUGGACGAACUUUUUCCGAAUCACAACCCAGCUAUUUCUCUCCUGACUCUGAAUCCAAGUAUGUGAUGUCUGGGAACCAGCUGCUGAUUAAAAACGUCUGUCUAGAGGACAUCAGGCUGUACUACUGUGGCAAGAAGAAGAACAAGAUCAUAGAUUAUGGAGACGCCUUCAGGCUGCACACAAACAAGAACCAUCUGAAAACGUCACAAGAAGCUCCAGUUACGACGACUAGCAGCCCGAUUGAUUGGCAGAAUAAAGUAGCUGCUCCAGUUUCGUUCUCUCUGAACGUCUUCCUUACUUUUGCUCUCGUUCUUACUUGUGUGUGUGUGAAGAUGAGAAACCGCUGCUGCUGCAGGGCCAAGGACUCUGCAACAUACAUCAUAGAGAACCAGGACACGCCGAACCCACAGUACGAGGAGAUCCAGUUCCCUCCCACUCCGGUUCCGGUUCGGGUUUCAUCAGAGUGCAUCUACUACAAAGCUCAACAUCCCAACCCCAAGAUGUGUCAAUACUGAGUCACACCUGGACAGGUGAGCCGGUUCUGGAGCUGCUGCUCCGUCUGAGGAGAGUCCAGGAAGUCCAGGCCUGAUUCAGCAGAGCUUCCUGCUUCUGAACGCUAUGAACUCUGGGAAAUGACCGCCGGCCGAAGGAGUCUGAGCCAGUGACGUUGUAUAUGUGAGUGUAUUUAUUAGUUUCUGUUCUAGUUUUAGUUCCUCUGAUUUGUUUUGGGACGUCAGUGAUAAUAAAAACAGGAUGUCUAAA